CGCCGUCCAUUGGUUAACGCUGUGUCAUUAUUGCGCCGCUCAUUAUUGACAAGUAACAUCAUGGAAAGGUUGGUGUUUUUUGCUCUCCUCGCAUUGCUGCAACAAGGUGGUGCAGCAAAUGUCAAGCACCUUCCCGAGAUUGUUCACCAGGAGACGGCAGAGGAGAGGGAAGUUGCCGGGCAGAUUACAGUACACUGCCCCUCCCAGCCGAGCCAAGCUUUGGAUCAUCUCCUGCUGUACCUAAGUGCACAGGACAGCCUGGAGGGACAGGUUGAGCAGCUGAAGAACAGGACAGACAGCCUCGAUGGACAGCUGCAGCAACUAGCUCAGCAAGAACUGGCCGAAUUCCAGACCGAAGCUGAUCUCAAGGCCACCGUUGAGGCUCUUCAGGCGACAGUCAGCAGCCAGGACAGCAUCAUCCAGCAGCAGACUGCAACUUUACAGCAGCUUCAGGGAACUCUGCAGCAACUAGAGGCCACCAAUCAGCAACAAGCCAGCAGCUUGCAGCAACUAGAGGCCACCAAUUAGCAACAAGCCAGCAUGUUGCAGCAAAUGAAUAUCACUAUCCAGCAACAGGAAGCAAUCCUACAGCACCAGGAGGCAAUCCUGCAGCACCAUGACGCAACCCUGCAGCACCAUGACGCAACGCUGCA